AACCCAAAUAAAAAAAAAAUUAAGUAGACAAGACAGAGCACCGACUGUGCUCCUCUGUUUCAUCUCUCUUCAAAUUUUUUCUGAAAUUCUUAGUAACUCUACGAAAAUGGCAACGGCUUUGUGGCUUCUUCUAACCACAUUUCUCUUCGUUUCAGCUACUGCCAACAUUCAAUUAAAAGUAACUGACAAUCCUGCUGAUGAAUUGGUGGCUGUGCUCAACAAAAAUAGAACUGCACACAAGGAAUCAUCCCUCUAUGAUAACGCAGGCCUGGCAUGCAUUGCUUUGCAGUAUAUAAAAGCAUAUGAAGGCGAUUGUGAUGCUGUAGGAGGGAAAGAUGCCAAGAAACCUCCUGAUUCUUCAUUUGCAGACACUUUUGCCCCCAAUUGUGGUGUUCUUGCAUCUUCCCUUUCUCAAAUUACUGGUCGUUUGUUAGGCUGCCAGUCAUCUUAUGCCAGUCCCUCUAUAGCCUUUUCGGAAAUCCUGAUGGAAAACAGCGAAAGCUUAGAUAUUCUAUAUAGUAAUAAUCACACUGAAGUUGGGGCUGCUGUGAGUGGUACGGACGGUGGGUCUCCCUAUUUCUGGUGUGUCUUGUUUAGCAAUGGCAAGCAUAAUGCAAGCUUUCUUUUUGAGGAUGGUGUGGCUAAAAUAUCAAGGCCUGGGUGUUUUAGUGGCGCUAAUGAUGAAUGCAGUGGUGCUGAUGAUUUGCGUAAACCCCAUCACUUAUGGCCAUAUGUUGUUACAACUUUGAUUGCAGCGGCUUAUGGGUUUGGUUUAUGAUCUUGUUUAGAGAAGUCCCACUUGUUUUUUAAGGUCUUUUUUAUGAUUUUGUAUGGGUUUACUUGGCUUCUGUAAUUUGUUAUCUAUUUAUAAAUUCGAUUGUAUGCAAAUUCAUGUCAUUCAUUUGUUGUUGUAAAAUUCUGAAUGUAAAAUUGUAUGUUAUGACGUA